ACGGCAGGGACGUGCCAGCCAGAGGGAGGAGGUGCCAACAGGUCCGGUCCCGAUGCCCUGCCCUCGGCCGCCCUGGCUCCGCCGCCCCCGGGCCCCUCAGGGCCCGGGCCCCGGCUCCCCGGGUAGAGGGGAGGACGAGGAGGAGGAGGACGGCAGCCCAGGCUCGGGCCCCAUUCUGUCCCCCGCGUCCCCAGUGGAGUGCCUCAUCUGCGUGUCGCCCUUCGACGGCGUGUUCAAGCUGCCCAAGCGCCUGGACUGCGGCCACGUCUUCUGCCUCGAGUGCCUGGCUCGCCUGUCUCUCGCCACAGCCGGCGGCGGAGACCCGGUAGCCUGCCCGGUGUGCCGCGCACCCACGCGCCUGGCCCCGCGCGGGGCUGCGGAGAACGCGCUGGAGGCCGAGGGGGGCCCCGAGGACUCACGGUACGAGGGGGCGCAGGCCAGGCCCUCGGACCGCAUGUCGGGGGCAGAGGCUGGAUCCAGCUGGGACCCGCAGGCACGAGGCUUCUCAGCUCCAUCCUUCGCGCCCUCCUUCCUCGCCAUGGCGCACCAGGCAGGGAACCCGAGGAGGAAGCGCGGACCAAUCCGAGGCCGCAUCGGGCUGGGGGCGGGACUGUCAUUGCCAUAG